AUGAGGCGAGAACCGGGUGACGGUGACGACAAGCCCAAGGCGAAGUCAAAACCCAAGGAGAAAUCAUCCCUCAAGUCCCAAUUGUCCGGCAAUUUCCUCCGGAGCAUCACGGAGCUCGUGAUCCGGCACAAGGGGGAUGAACCCAGCCAAGCCUCCACUUCAGGCUCGGCAGCAGGUUCGGAAGAGCAGGUUGGAGGCGAGAGCGGGGAGGGAGAAGCAAAAGAGCAGCAGCAGGAGCAGCCGCAGGAGCAGCCGCAGAGGGAGAUGACCGAGGAGGAGCUUAAGCGCGAGAGGCGGAAGCAGGCAGCUGAGCGGAUUAUGAACAGACUAAGUAAAGAACCACCGCCUGCACAGGGAAUUCCAGGUCCCUUGGCGAACCCGGCUGCUCUGGGCAGGAGAAUGUCAUUGCCUUCGAAACCAGCGCAUAGGGUACGGAAUGGAGCGGUUGUAGCUGGUUCUUUUGCUGGUUCUGCUGCUGGUUCUGCUGCUGGUGGGGCCCGGAGGCACCCCCCACAUGCUAGGCGAGCUCCAAGCGAGCGUGGGAAGAGAGGGGGCGUUGAGAGUGGUGCAGAUGGCGGGAAAGGUGUUGGUGGUGGUGGGGAUGGUACCAGUGGCGGCGGCAAGUGUGCUGAAAGUGUAAAAGGUCCUUCUGGUGGUUCGGGUGCCGCUGCUGCUACCGGUGGUUCUGAGAAUGCGAGUGGCAUUGCUGAUGGUGCUGCGGAUGGCGGUGUGGGAGGAAGUGCGAUAGGUUGCAGCAGCAACGCAGCUCAACACGAUCAGCAGCCACAGCAGGUUCAGGAACAACAGCAGCAGCAGCAGCAGGAGCAGGAGGUUCAGGCCCAGCAGCUAGAUCCCUCCUCCUCCGCCGCAGCUCCUGUCGCACACGCGCGCACAGAGCCUCCGUCUCCGUCCCCUGGGUCUUCCGCUUUCACCCCCGUCUUUGCCCGCUGCCCCGCCAAGAUCUGGAGCAACCCGGACGAGGAGGACAGUGCUGGGGAGCAGACCGACGGCGGAGGGGGAGUGGAAGGCGAGGGGGCUGCAGGAGGGACCACAAGCGAAGGAGGAGGAGGAGGCGGAGGCGGAGGCAGUGCGAACGGGGAAGAGGGAAUUAGGGUUACGGAUGAUACGUUGUCGGAUGGCGAAGGGGGAGCGGGAGAGGAGGAGGAUGAGCAGCCGACAGGGUUCCCGAAGCUGCUUCCGGGGAAGGCGGACGUGCUUGUGUUGACGGACGAAGGGGAUGCGCUGCACGGGGAGAUAGACACUGGCGAGCACCAAGGCACGAACCCGCUGGAUAUGACCAAGUUCAAACGGCUUCUGUCGCAGGUGUAUGGGCUUGAUGAGGCGGAUUUCCGGCCGAAAAACUGGGGGAAGGUGCUGGAAAACGAGGGGGGGUUUGGAGAGGACGAGGAUGGGGAUGAGGAUGAUGAUGAUUUGAAGAGGAGAGAUCCAAGGUUGGAGGAUCCGCAGUUGCAGGAGAUUCUGACUCAGGAGCUGAUGAAGUUUCUGCGGAGGAAUAUGCGUGGAGGGAAGGAGGAGGAGGAAGAUGAAGAGGAGGGAGAGGAGGAGGGGGAUGAAGGGGAGGGUUUGAGCUCAAGAGGGGGGGAUAGUGAGAGCAGCGGGUUCCACAAGGGACGGGGGCGAGAGAGGGACAGUAGUGAUAGUGAUGAUGACGAAGAGGAGGAGGAUGAUGAGACGGUUGAUAAUGGCUGGGGGGAUGAUUGUUUGGGCCUGGCAUCACGAGUGAGGGAUGAUGAUGAUGAUGACGAUGACGAUGGCCAUGGGUCUGAUGUUGAUCGAUCGGAUAGUCGUCACUCGAGAAGGAGACACGCGUCUGAUAGUGAGCAGGAGGAGGAAGAGGAGGAGGAUGAGGAAGAAGGAGAAAGAGGAGGUAGGGGCCGGAUGAGGCGAGACGGGGUUUCUCGUAGGGAGCUAAGGAGUGGAGAGAGACGCAGGGAGGGGAGAGGGGGAGAGUCCGGGAGGAGGGAGCAGAGGAGGAGUGAGCGGAGGAGGAGUAGGAGUGUUUCUGAUAGUAGGAGCAGGAGCAGGAGCAGGGGGUCAUUGGAGUCUGAUCAUGGGGGUGGAGGGAGAGGGAAGAGAGUGGGAAGACGAAGAGGUAGGGCGGAUGACCAUUGGGAAGAGAGGGACAAUGAUGAGGAUGAGGAGGACGAGGAGGAGGACGAGGAGGAGGAAGAGGAGGAGGAGGAGGUGAGGGGAAACCGGAACAGACGUGAGAGAAGAGGGGAUAGAAUCGAGGAGGGAUCAGACGCCGAUGAGAGGGGCAGGUGGGGCAGGAGGAGGCGGGGAGCGGACGCGGGUGAUGAGAGCGGGAGGGAGGAUCAUAGCGAGGACGGGAGGGAUGCUUAUAGCGAGGACGGAAAGGAAGAGCUUAGCGAGGAUGGGAGGCGGGAAAGUGAUUACGAGGGGAGGAGAAGCGAUGGGGUGAAAAGGCGGGGGAGGUUGGAGGGUGUUGGGGAAAGAGAUCAAGGAGCGGGAAGGCAUAGGGGAAAGCACAGCCAUGGGGACAGGAGUGGCAGCGAUUGUGAUUUGGGGGGGUACAGUGACCUGGACAGUGAUGGGCAUGUGAGUAGUGACCAUGAGCAAGAACAGGGUAGAGCGAGGGAGAAGGAUAAGGGUAGGAAUCGGGAGGAAGAGAGGGUGAGAGAUAGGGCACGGGGUAAGGGUGGGAAUAAGGGUGAAAAAGAAGGUCCAUCCAGAGAUAGGCGCAGAGGCGGCGGGGAGAAGAGGAAGGGUGAGAAGGAGCGGAGAGGGAGGAACGAGAGGAGGAGGAUUGAAGAGGAGGACGAAGACAGCACUGAUGGUAACAGUGGCAGUGAUGAGAGUGGUAGCAGCAGUGGCAGUGAUGGGAGUGACCGGGCUCGCAGGAGAGAGGAUCGGGGUUACAGGAGACCGAGCAGGGAGAGGGCUGGAAGAGGCGGGAGCAAGGCCAGAACGGAAAGACAGCUUGGUCGAGAUAAUGAGGCGAAUCCGCAGCGCAAGGGACGGAGUGAAGAGGCCAAGAGAGACAGGGGAAAGAAGGGGGAGGAAAAGAAAGGAGGCAAGAGGAGGGAGGGUAAGAGGGAGGAGGGCAAGAGAGAGGAGGCGAAGGAGGGAAGAAGAAGCAGGGUGAGGGGCGAGGAGGAGCUGGAGGGCGAUGCAGACAAGGAGAAAGAGCUCAAGAAAAGGCAUGAGGAGGUUGAUACCAAGGGAGUGGCCUCUGGGAAACCUAAACAAGAUAGUGAAUCUAAGAAGGAUUCCAAGUCGAAACAGGAGAUCAAAUCCAAACAGGACAGCAAGUCAAAACAGGAGAGCAAGUCUCAACAGGAAAGCAAGUUCCUGUCUUCUCUGGACAUUCGGGAGGAGAUUCGGAAGCUCUCUGGGGACGAUGCGCUUCGUAUUCUGCUCAGCGCUCGCAACUCGUUCAAGCGCGAACAGCAGCAGCAGCAGCAGCAGCAGCUGAGGCAGAAACAGGCAGGCGCGGGCGGGGAUGGAAUUGCAGCUGCUGCAGCUGCGGCUGCUGGUGAUGGUGGUGGUGAUGUAGGAGUAGGGAUGGAAGGAGAGAGGUUGUUAGAAGCGAAGCUGCUGCGUUGCCUGACUAAGGUACACCAGCAGGUGGCUGCUGGCGUGCCUGAGACGAUUGAGGAGGGGGACGAGGAGGAGGAGGGGAGUGAAGAGGAUGGGGAGGCAAAUGAAGAGGAAGAGGAGGCAGAGGAGGCAGAGGAGGGGCAGGAGGAGGAUGAGGAAGUGGCCAAUGGGGGUGAGUUUGGAAAGGAGGAAUUUGAGAGUGCGGUAGCUGCCACUGCUGCUGCUGCUGCUGCUGCUUCAGCUGCUGCCACUGCAGGUUGUGCUGCUACUGUUGGUGGUGGUGGUUACGCUGCUGAUGGUGGGUUUGGCAUGGCUGCUCCUGAAAUUGUUGGCGAAGGAAUCGUGUCAGGAAUGGCAGAGGAAGAGGAAGGGGAGGAGGACCUGGAUACGAGUAUUGGUGAUGAUGAUGAUGACGACGGGGCGUAUGGGGACGAGGAGGGCGAGGAAGGGGAGCCGAGGCCGCACAGAGAGCGAAGAGGCAGAACCCAUGCCCAUAGCAGGUCGCAGAUUGCAGGUGCUGCCGGUGCUGCCGGUGCUGCUGGUGCUGCUGGUGCUGCCAGUGCUACUGCUGCUGCAGUGGAUUCUGCUGCUGCCGUGUCUCCUCACCGACAUCCUCCUGCCAGGGCGAGGCGGCAGAAGAGCAAGAAGAAGGUGUCUCAGAGCAGCACUCCCACUCGCUCCAGGCAUGCGCCAACAGCCACGUGGGGUAGUGCUUCCCCCUCAGCAGCAGCAGCAGCAGCAGCAACAGCAGGAAUGAGUGGUGGUGGCAUGGGUGGUGGAAGCAUGGGUGGCGGUGGUGGCAUGGGUGGUGGAAGCAUGGGUGGCGGCAGUGGCAUGGGUGGGAACCAGCCCAUUUGGCGGCAGCGAUCCUCCAGCCAUGCUGACAUGCUGAGAGGGGGCCAUCCUGACAUGCCUUCCCCUGCAUCAAGAGCAGGAUCCGCUGCAGGUCAGUCAUGCCUUUCACCUCUAGGAGCAGCAGGCGUGGCAGCAGGAGGAGGUGUGUCAGCAGCGGCAGGCAUGUCUGCAGCAGCAGCAGCAGGGGGCACAGGGUUGGGGUUUCAAGCGUCCACCUUGGGAUCUCCACUCCCCCUGCCCGCCUCUCACUCCAGGCUCCAAAAAAACUCCUCAGACGCGCCCAGACGGUUGCAGGAGCUGCUGCAGUUCAAGAUGGUGCAGAGCGGUGCAGCAGGCGGAGGCAGGGGUGCAGGAGGAUUAGGAGGGGGUACCGGGUCUGGUGUGGCAGCUAGUAUGGUGCAGGGCAGUGUGGAUUUCACCCGGGGGAUGAUGGGAGGAGGGGGUGUGCCAGGAGGGGGUGCGGCAAGUUUUGAGACGUCCUUGAACUUGGUGCAGGGAGGUGUGGAGUUUUCUAGGGGGGUGAUGGGGGGAGGGGGUGUGGUGGCAGGAGGUGUGGCAGGAGGGGGUGAUGGGGUGGCGAGUGGUGGGGGAAGGGGAGGGGGAGUGGGGAGAGGAGGUGGUGUGGGAGGUGGGAUUGGGAGGGCGGGAGGAGGGAUUGGGGGAGUGGGAGGUGGGAUUGGAGGGGUGGGAGUAGGUGGAUCUCCCAAGAAAGGGAUGAAGGUGGGGGGCCAAGGUGGAGAGAUGUGCGGCGACAGCAGGCACAUGGUCCCUGGAGGGGCGGAUGGGGCUUGUUACCAAGAUGAUGGUGGGUAUGGGGUUGGGUAUGAUGGUGGGGAUGGUGGUGGGUAUGAUGGUGGGGAUGGUGGUGGGUAUGAUGGUGGGGAUGGUGGUGGGUAUGAUGGUGGGGAUGGUGGUGGGUAUGAUGGUGGGGAUGGUGGUGGGUAUGAUGGUGGGGAUGGUGGUUACGAUAGAACUGGGUACGGUGAUGGUUACGUGGAUCCGUAUCAUGGUGGUUACGAAGAUACUGGCCACAAUGACGGUGGUUACAACGAUGCCAGUUACAAUGCUGGUCGUUUCGAUAAUGCUGGUUACCAGGAUGAUGGUUACGAAGACGGUUUCAACGGUGGCGGGAUGGAGAGUGAAGAAGCCAUGGAUAUUCAGAGGUCCUUCACAGCAGAUGGGCGAAAUGCCAAGCUGCAUUCACAGCUGCACACACAUCCCGAGGAAUCAACACCCGUGACAGUGCAGCGGGCUAAUACAGUAGACGGCCGCUCGUCGAGACUUGUAGCGGAGCAGACUGUAAUGAGGAAAUCUGCCCUGGGGUUAAGGGAGGGUGUCUCGAGUGGCGUGGGUACAGUGGGUACAUUAGGUACAGUGGAGGAAGGUUUGAGAAGCAAGGGAAAGAAAAAGAAGCCAAAGCACAGUGCAGGGAAAUCAGUAGAAAAGAUGGGUCCGAACGAGCAUGAGAUUCGGGUUUGGGAGGAGGAGAGGAUGGAGGAGGGGGCUGUGGGGAGGGGAGGAGGAGGAGGGGGUAUGGCAGUGGAUGAGGAUAUGUACGGUGAUAUGGGGGAGGAGGUGGUCGAUGAUUUAUAUGGUCCGGUUGCGAGUGAUGAUGUUAGUGGGGCGCAUGGGACCGAGCAGGAGGGGGUAUUGGAGGAGGCAGGGGGUGAAGAAGAGGAGGACUUGUACGGUUCAAGGGAUGAGGCAGAGGACGAAGAGGAGGGAGAGGAAGAAGAGGCGGAAGAGGAGCAGAGAGGACAGUUGAUACCGACGGCCGCUGGAGCCGAGGCUUUCCAUGCAGCCAUGCUCUCCCCUUCCAACUCCAUCGCCUCUGCUCCCUGCUCCUCCCCGCCUUCCUCUGUCUCGCGGUUCAAGCCCAAGGCAGCCAAGAGCAGGGCUAGCAGAGGGCAGAGUUCACUGGGGGACUGCCUAGGGCCAGGGGCUAGGGCUAGCAUGAGCAGCGGGCUGAGGGAAAGCAUGAGCACAGGCUUCAAGGAUAGUGCAAGCAUGGGCUUUAACAGCAGUGCAGGUGCAGGCUUUAAGGACAGCAUGAGCAUGGGGUAUGGCGAAGGUGGCAGUCCUGGUUGUUAUGAUAGCAUGAGCUCGGGCUUUAAGGACAGCAUGAGCAUGGGGUUUACCGACAGUAUGAGCACCGGGUACAGUGAAAGCAUGGGCUUUAAGGACAGCAUGAGCGCGGGGUAUAACGAGCAGGCAGAAAGAUGGCACGGGGCGGCUAUGAGCGGGGAGAGCAUUUACCCUGGAAAAGGAGGAAGCAGGAGCACCAGGCGCAGUGCAAGUGGGAGGAACAUAAGCUCCUUUGCUGCUUCGCCUGCAGCUGUGGGGGUAGGGAGUGCUGGAGCCAGCCGGAUCGUAAGUGAUAGUGUAGGGAUGCGGGAUGCCGGCUCUGGAGCUGGGAUUGGUGGGAAACGUGGUGGUAAGAAAAAGGUAGUUCAGUAUGAGGUGGAGGAGGAUUUGUUUCCUGUGGAGCCGGAGGACAAUGGUAGUGAUAACAGUUAUGCUUAUGAUGAGUAUGCUGGUCACGGUACCAGUACGAGCGGGGAUAGUGGUGGUCCCUACGUCGGUUUUCGGUAG